AUGUCUAUAGACACACUACCCAAGUCUGUGACAUACUGUGGAGUAUGCAGUUUACCACCAGAAUACUGCGAAUUUGGUGGUACAACGAAGAAGUGUGAAGAAUGGCUCGCGGAGACACAUCCAGUUCUACACAGCACGCUGUACUCAGAAGAAGUACUUCAACAAAACAUGUCCGCCCUCUCCGUCGACGCCCAGAAACGCGCAGAAAAGGAUGCGCAGAAGAAGGCCGCAAAAGCCGCCACCGCUGAAGCACGCGCAGCCGAAACCCGCGCCUCCUCGAAGAUCCUGAUCAAACGUAUUGAGCGCAACAAGCGGAAAUACGUCACGGCCGUCCAAGGUCUUGAGGCAUUUGGUCUGGACAUCAAGAAGGUAGCCAAGGACUUUGGCAAGAAGUUUGCAACAGGCUCGAGUGUGACGAAGAUUCCGGGAGGGGGUGAAGAGAUUACAGUGCAGGGUGAUCUGAGCGAAGACAUUCUGGAAUUCUUGGUGGACAAGUAUGAGGAGGUGCCAGAGGAUAAUGUCGAGUUGAUUGAGGACAAGAAGAAGAAGAAAGCCGAGGGACAAGUCUGA